AUGGAUCUACUGAGUAUAGUUGUGGAUGAAGUGGCUUUGGAAGGACUGGAUGGGAUAACUAUUCCCACUCUGUGGAUACGACUGGAACAUAGACAGCCCAAGUUUCCCCUCAAGCUUGACGACUGCACCAAGGAGCUCAUCUGGAGGUCUCUGGUCAGCAGCAGCGGGCUGAGGUUCUUCGAGCUCCCGCAGGAGAGAGAGGACGUCGUGCUGACCGAUCGGUUUAAGGCCAUUGAUUCAGAGACGGGCAUUGAAGUAACGGACAGUUUUUCCGACACAUCCAAAGACAUCUACCCUAUCCACGCUGUUCCGGAAAACAAGGAUGGGAUUCAGGGCUCGUGCGUCCUCUUCAAAGAGAGGAGAGAUGUCACAAAGCAAGCUCGCUCCAAGUCCCUCACCCCAUUGGUCAGCUUGGGUCAGGCUUUGGAAAGAUACGGGAGAAAGCUCGUUGUUGUGGCGUCUCAGGGUCUGCGAUUUCGUGCCCUGAUUGGCAGCGAGAGCGAUCCCGACAUAAAACUCAGCAGCGACUCUUACUGUGUGUUGGAAAGAGUGGGCCGAGCGCGGUGGCAAGGAGAGCUACAGAGAGAUCUGCAUGGAGGCUCUUUCAAGGUGGACGCUCGAAAGUUUCACUACUUGAGGAAGUCUCUUAUCAAACACCAGCUGGUCACCAUGCAGUCUUACGUCAGGCGGCUGAAGUCCGGACAGCAGCAGCACUCCAUUCUUCUGCUGCUCAACCGCUUCCAUGUAAACAGGAGGACCAAGUAUGACAUACUGAUGGAGUUCGUGUCCAACUUUCUCCAGCAGUUUCCUAGCCAGUUUUCCACCGUGAUCAUGCUUAGAGAACAGCUUAAUGUGGACAAAAGGACCUACUUGCGUCUACUCAAAUACAUGCGGGCGUCAAAGUUGAUCGAAUUUUGCCGAUACCCCUUGGAGGAGUUGGAUCCAAGCGCUGGACCCUGCACCAACAAAAAUGGCACCAAAGUGACUGUGCGCUGCGUGAGGCUGUUAAAGCCAUAUAUAAAGAAGGGCGUGACUGAAGAAGACGACGACGACGAUGAGGAUGAAGAUGAUGACGCUGGAGAAGGAAGAGGAGGUUUGCUUACCGAGGGUCGGAUCAUGGAGAAGGACCUCUUAGCACAAGCCUAUCACAUCAUACUAUCCUCUGGUACAAAGGGAAUCCCCCAGCGUGAUAUUGCAUUCAGACUGAACGUCAGCAAACUGGAAGCUCGCAUGCUCUGGCGAAGGCUGGAGAAAGAUGGCUUCAUUAAGGGAUUCAUGGUGGAUGAGGGUCGGCAGAGAACUACAAAAUUUAUUAGCCAUAAGUGUGUGGGUGGCAGCAAUCAACUCCAGCUGUUUGCUAAAGAGCAGGAGCGGCAGAUGCUGCUCUUUUCUUCCGCACCUCAGACAUCAAAUACAAAACUGACCUCCCCUAAAACUCCGUCAUCUUCAAAGCCGUCGGUGAAAGGAAGCUCCAAAACUCCAGCAGCCAAGAAGAAUAAGAAAAAAGGUGGAGGAAGAACCAAAGCGGCAGAGGAAGAGGGGCAGAUGUUUGAAGAUGGCAAAAGAAAUGCAGGAGAUGAAGAGCUGGAUGGAAAAGCAGUUAAAUCAAGGGGAAGUUCAGGAGCCAGAAGAAAGACAGCGGGGGAAAGUGGCAGCGUGACGACAGAGCAGACUCAGCCCGAUGCUCCUGUCAUACAAACACCAGCUGAGAGUGAGACCUCAGUAUGCAGCGAACCUGCGACACAUGUGACACCCGACGCGACGUCUGGUGCUGUGCCAGCUCUGGUUGUGAAAAAGGAAGAAACGAGCUCAGCUGAAGCCAGCUCUUUCCAUCAAAGUGAGACUCUGAAUGCAGCUGAUAAUCCAGCUCCCGUGGUUGUCAAAAGUGUUCCCAGUCCGAAAAAAACCAGCAGAUCUGGGGAGAGGUCUCAUGAGACGUACCGCGUGCUAAGGAGGAAGAACUUGAUCAUUGAGGCCGUCCGCAAUUUGAAAGUCAUUGAGGGGCUUUUCCAGUUCCAGAAGAUGAUCAAUGAUGAGGAGAAGCAGGACGGUGUCAGUUCAAAGUGCUGCAAGAAGACUAUUUUACGUAUCAUCCACAGUCUCGCUAGAGAAGGCUUGCUGAAGUUAUACACGACCACUGUCGUACAAGAUGGGAUGACAAGGAAGCUUGAGAUGAUCGUUCAUCCAUCCGUUCAGCCCAACGAUGACAGAGUCAGCCAAGUUAUUGAGCAGGUCAGGUUCAAGAUUUCCAGCUCUUCAGCAGCUUUACGUCUGCAGCAUGCUGAAGAGAGAGCCAGACAACAAGAAAAGGAGCCUGACAAAAAGAAAGCAGCCACUGACGAUGACCCGGACUUCAAGCCCACAAGAGUUCCAGGAUUGAGUAAGUCUUACGGCUUCCAACCUAAGAUGCACCGUCUGCGCGUGAUGCAUACCUUCCUCUGGUACCUGAUUUACGGGCACCCGCUUGGACAGAACUGCAGCAACUCAACAUCAAGUGGCCCAAACGGCUCUGAGCCUGCAGCCAAAUCUGCAGACCAUGAAGCAAAGCAGGAUCUCAAAGAAAUGGAAAACUCCACAACUGCAGACACGCAAACAUUGUUGUCUGACAGUGUUGGCACAGGAGCUGAGGACCAGAAAAGUGCAGACUCCAGCUUAUCUCCUUCAUCACCAGAUGUGGCAUCUGUUGAUGAAGGAGAAAAGCAAAAAGAGGGUCACUCUCAGUCAGAGGUAAAAGUCUAUCUUGAUGAAGAGUCGUGGAGGCGAUUCAUCCCUCCUGUCCGAGUUCACAAAGAAUAUACGAGCGGCUGGGCGAUGGUGGGCGACCUGCUCGUCUGUGUGCCUCUCUCCAUUUUUGUGCAAAUCAUUCAAGUUAAUUACAAGGUGGAAGGACUGGAAGAGUAUCUCAAUGACCCCGUGAAGCAACAUUAUCUAGUGAGAGACCUGCCUACACAAAUAAGAACACAACUGCUUUAUAAACGGAAAUACAUCUUUGUGUUUCAUGAAAAUCUACUAAAGUUGGUCUACAUGGGUCUGCUGCAGUUUGGUCCGAUUGAGAAGUUCAUGGAGAAGGACCAGGUGUUUGUGUAUCUUAAGCGCAAUGCUGUUAUUGUUGACACCACCAACACGGAGCCUCACUACUGGCUGGUCACAGAGUCUCCUGACAAACCAUUUGAGAGGCGCCACUACGUAUUCAACACUGCUGAGGACGUGGAAAACUACUGGUUUGACCUGAUGUGCGUCUGCCUCAAUACGCCACUGGGAGUAGUUCGUAGUAAGAGGAAUGCCACAGAUGAGGAAACUGCUCCUCCUUUUGUGCACGAUCGCCACGUGUUCGCAGGGAUGGCGUACCUGCUAAAGGGCAGUCAUGAGGCGUGCGAUGACGGCUCGAUCCCAGGAGACGCUCGAGGAGCAGGAGGUCUGGACUCAGAAUUUUUUGCUCAUCUUAAACGCAACUGGUUGUGGACCAAUCAACUACUUUCUGUUAACACGAAACCUUCUGGUUUAGAGGCACAGGACACCAAAAUCAGACUAAAGAGCCUCCUGAGUAAACGCGCUCUCAGAUUCGCACUUAAAGCAGGAGGUACCACGUCACCACGCUGUGUAACAACCAAGCGGCCAGCAACGGCAGAAAAAGUUAAGGUGGGAAUAGAACCAGCCUCCAGAAACCAGCGGGUGGUUGGAGGAAAGGGACAGAAGAGGAAAAGAAGCAAGAAAGAUGUUGUCAAAGUCCCACGCAAGAAGAAAAAAGAGCCCAAAAAACGCACUCCUGCCCAUGACGAGACGGACCACCAGGCUCUGAAACGGAUGACCAAACAGAGGGUCAACUGGACUGUACAGGAGGACUCACUGGUGAUGCUCUGCUGUGUGGCUGCACACCUGCUCAACAGCAAGUUAAAAAGGCCGUUUGUUCCUCACUGUGUGGUGAGAGACCUGCUCCACACAGAGUUUGAGAUAUCAUCGGAUAAAACGUCCGUUGCUGUCAGUCGUCGCUCAAGAUACAUCCUCAAAAAUCCUCAGACGCUUCUGAACUACAGGAUCUGUCUGGCUGAGGUGUACCAGGAUAAAUCUCUGAUGAGCCUGUUGGAGAAGGAGAAACCUGCUGAUCCCGAAAAGCCAGAGGAUUGUGCCAAAGUGUUCUCUGAGUAUAUCAGGCUGCUCAGGCAGAAGUUCAGCUCUGUGUUGAAUGCUCAUGAUAUGGUCAUCCCUGACACCAAAGAGCAGCUCUUCUCAUGGUUUAAGGUUUCUGCAAUAAACAGUAGAAACCAGGUCUCGUACAAAGACACUCUCAAAAGCACAGACGACAUUCAUUCCAUAGUGUUACAUAACUUGAUCCAGAGCACUCUGGCAAUGACCAACAAUCAGAUGAAAACCUCCAGAUCCUUUCAGAUCUUCCACUUGUACAGUAAGUAUGACCAGGAGCUUCUGUGCCAAGUAUUCAUACAAUGCAGGAAGAGGGGUCUGGUCAACCGCCGUCGUAUCAGUCAGCAGUCCGGGCCGAAGAAGAACCGAGCGCUGCCCAUCCUGCCAAUGUCCUACCAGCUGUCCCAGUCCUACUUCAGGUGCUUUUCAUGGCGUUUUCCUCACUCGCUGUGCACCGAUUCCUUCCGCUUCCUAAGGAGUCUAAUUAACAAUGGGAUGGGAGACGACAGGCCCGUCAUCACGCUAUACCACGAAACUGAACACAGGUCACAGAACGGAGAGGAAGUGCUGGAGGUAAAAACAGGCUCCAAAAGAAAAGAGAGUGAAGGACAAGAAGCUGACAGAUCAGUAAAAGAUGACACCACAAAGAAAGGAGAUGGCAGCCAAUGUGGAGAGAAAAAAGAAGAAGAGAGGUUGAUGGAAGCAGACAUGAACAGUGAGAAAACAGAUGUUACGAGCAAAUCAGAUGAGCAGAAAAACCCAGACGAAAGCCUCGCUGCUGGAUCUGGUGAGGCUCCUCCAGGAGUGUUGGCCGCUUCAAACGUGGCCCCUCCAGCUCCAGACGAUCCUCCAGAUGUGUCGGACAUGCUCAAGUUCUCUCUGCAGUCUCCAGGGGGAGCCUGCGUAGUCUCGCUCAGCCUGAUGUCUCUAGGACUGCUGAAUGUGUACAUGUCCAUACCUAAACAGAUGGUGGUGGUGGACAGCAACCUGGUGGACAAGGAUGUAGUUAAGAGUAUGGCAGAACUGGAGGAGGAAGAAGAUGAUGAUGAUGACGGUGAUGAGUGUGAUGGGAAAAAAAGGCUGCAGGUGAAGGCGCACAAAGCUUCACACACCAAGUACUUGAUGAUGCGAGGAUAUUGCACUCCGGGCAUCGUCACACUGCGCAACCUUAACACCAACGAUAGCAUUGUGAUGGAGUCGUGUGUUUUGAGGCUGCAGCUGCGCAGCACACCUGCUCACAACCUGUUCAGCGCGGAGAACUUUCCACCUCUGGACUUGACCAAAUGUGGUCCUUCCCUGCUGCCUUCCAGCCUCACCUCCUUCGUCCGCUCAGCCUCCUUUUCUCCACCCAGUGUGGAGGAGUGUUACAGACGCUUUGCUAAGCAGAAAGGCUACACCGCUUGGGACACUGAAGCAUGUGCUCAGAUCAGGACGAGCUUAGAUGAAGCUGGUGAAAAAGGUUUGGAUAUUCACGACGUCCACGUGGCUCAUCCACACCUGCUGGAGCCGCAGUCUGGACGCACCAGGAGCCUGCAGCAGUAUCUGGAGGAGUUGCAAGAAGAAGGCCAGGUGGUAAAGGUUGGGAGUCUAAGUGUCCGUUGGGUGCUCAUGAAGCAUGCUGAACCCUGGCUUCUUACUGUAAACUCCAAGCAGUGGUCUCAGUCAUGCUUCGCGUCUGACCCGUUGUUGGAGAAAAGGCACAGCAUCCCCUUCGUACGCAAGAGAUGCAGCCGAGAAAUCCAAGUGGAGAGCGAGGAACCGCCAGCAAAGAAAUUGGCUGUGGCUGACAGAGAGGAUGCCACUGACAAAGUGUCGAGUAACAAAACAACAAAUGAGGAAGAGCAGCAGGAACAGCAGAGGGAGACAAGUGGAGACCAGCUGGUUAACUUGGAAGAGGAGGAAGGAAAGCUGAUUCAGCCCCAAGAGGAAAAGCAGGCAGGAGCCGGAGAGGAGCCGGCGGACGUGGAUAAAAGACACGAUAACGGGAAUGAGCUGAGGAUGAGGAAAGGAAGGAAAGAUUAUGAAAACAAUGAGGAGGCGUGUUCUUCAUCUACAGGAUCUGAUGCUGAUGCUGAAACCAGUUUCAUCAGCCGGCCGUGGCGCUUGGUUGAUGGUAAGGUGAACCGGCAGGUGUGUAAGGGCAUGCUGGAAGCUGUUCUUUACCACAUCAUGUCUCGGCCCGGACUAACACACCAGGCGCUGGUAGAACAUUACAAAGAUGUGCUGCAGCCUGUGGCAGUUCUGGAUCUUGUGAAGACGCUGAUAGAAAUGGGCUGCGUGACGAAGAAAACUCUGGUCAAAGGUCCCAAACCCUCGCUCUUCACCCGCGCUGCACACCUAACGAGAGGGGAGGCAGAAGUGAAGCUCGAGGAACCGGACACAGUGUUUUAUGUGCCCACCAUCAGCUGCUGCUUGCGGCUCUGUCGGGUGUUGCCCAACGAGCGAACGUGGAACUGUUGCCUACCAUGAAAAAUGUUUGUCAAACUUAUUUUAAACCUCUAAGAACUGAGGAACAUGUUGAUGCAAUGACCAGGCUGUUGACAGCUAAAUAAUUUCACAAGUUUUAUUGGUUCCUUUUUAAGUUUUCCUUUUGUGGAAGAUUUUUGUGUUCAGUUUUCUUGUACUUUAUUUUUAUUUAUUUUGUUGAAGAUGUUAUUAAAUAACUUUUCUGGCAA